GUACAAAAGGCACAAUAUCAGACACCGAUCAAUGUAAACAAACAAAGCCAUGCUCGGGACAGUGAUAAUACCUGUUUCUGCAACUUUAACUCGCAAGCAGGAAACUUGAUACAAAUGCGAAUUAAACUGCAGUGCCACGUUCAGCCCCGGCACACGAAAUGAAUAUGAUGGCUGUACCUUUGAGUGUGACUGGCAGAGUGUUCUGUACUUCUGGGUUUGCUAGGUGUUUCACAACCUCUGCUCUUCUCUCAGGUCGAGGAAUCCGGGGUGCAGUGAAGGGCUUGGGCUUGCAGGAGGAGGAACUUCAGGAAAUGAGUCCAGAUGAGCUUCAGGCUAUGACUGAUGCAUCUUUUGAUACUUUCAAUCAAGAGGCUGCCCACAUUGAAGUAGAUGCAAAGAAAUAUCAAGCUCAUUUACGAAGAAGAACUGUCCAGCAUAAAUAUUUCAAGCCUUAUGGUCCAGUAGAGGAGAAUCUGCUGACAUGGUCCAUGAAGGAGCAGCUGAAGUAUUUGCAUUCUAGUGAUCCAGAUCAUUGGACUGCUGAAGUCCUCUCAAAGUCCUUCCCUAUUUCUCCUCAAGGUGUUGUGAGUCUGAUUAAGUCCCAUUGGAUGCCCAAGUCAGAAGCAGAAAGACAACGUCACGACAAAGCUGUGGUGGCCCGCUGGAAAAAACAUAUGAGGGGUCAAAUUGGUAGUUUCAAAAUUUUAGAGAAAGCUCUAAAUAAUAAAUUUUCCCCAGAGAAACUGCCGUCUCCAGUCAUGGGCAUGAAAAAUGUAGUCAGUAUACUUGAAGGUCUGCGUUUUGAUGGGGAGCAACCCAAUGUUUCAAAACCAAUGAAGAAAAGGAAUGAACUCCCAAGGCAACCCAAGAUGCCAGGCAAAUCAUUUUAUAGCAUAAUUGAAGACUACAAAGUAAAAACUUCUGCAGGGAAAGAACAAACUGAGGAGAAUGCCUUCACCAACAAUUUGGCUAGAAUCUCUGGUCCACCCCAGUAUGAAGGCUCAUACACGAGGAUCAGUGGUGGUGAUACAACAAUGAGGAGGUCCUCAUAUCCAAAGAAAGGCAAACUAAAGAAAGGCAAACUGAUGACUUUCACUGAAUUCAUGAAGAAAAAGACAUAAUAUGUAUGUAUACAUUGUGUAUGUGUAAAUAUAAAUGCUAUGAUGA